AUGCAGCUAUUAACUCUUACGCAGCUAGUCAUAGGCUGUCCGCCUGAUGUAGAUGGCCCCGAGGUGCAGGUCAUAGUGGAUGGGAAAGAGUGCACAUAUACCACGAGAACCCUUACAAAACAGGAGAGGCAGGCAUUCAUAGAGACAAAUGAGUUCUGGCUUGUCUACACGGAUGGCCUGGAGAUAACCAGUGCAUCUACAGCUAUCAUCACUCUCAUCAGCAGAAAUAUUGUGGUAGGAUCAAUCAGCAUUAGCAAUAUACACCUGGGCAUAGAAAGAUACUACAAAAAAGAUUUCUUUGUUCGUAGAUAUCUGCCCAACAAUAUAUUUAUAGAUGUAAUAGUGGAGGAAGGCCCAAAAAGCAAACAAAAGUUGGAAAAAGCGAGCAUACCUGAAAAUAUAGCAGGCACAGUUGGCUCUAAAGACAGCGCGGGAUACAUCUCAAACAGCAGAAGCAGAGAUAUUGAAAAAAGAGUUAUCCCACUGGAUAAUAGUCGAACUGGAGAUGUUAGGAACAGUACUGGCAAUAUAUCAGAUAAAAUAUCCCAAAGUGGAAAUAUCAAUAAUAGCUCAUUGUGCUCUAGUAAUACUUCUAAUAGUAAUGAUGAAGGUCACAGCAGAAGUAAAAAUAAUACUGAGAGUUCUGGGGCAGAAGACAAAAAUAGCACUCUGAAUGAUCGUAUUAGUAGAAAUAAUAAGGGAGACAGAAAAGUAAAUAUUGAUGGCACUGCAGACAAGAGUGCUCAGAACUCUCUUCCCCCCAGCAAUGCUACUGCAGCUAUUAAUCGGACCAUGAGCGGUAAUAAGCCAAAUGCAGCCCAGACCGAUGGAUCUGUCAGUACUCCAGGCUCUGACCACAUCACUGCAGUAAAAAGUGCGCGCAAACUGCCGCCUCCUCCUGGGAUGGUUGUGCGCCCUGUUGUGAACCUUUUGGAGGGCGUGGACAUGCUGUCUAAGACUCUUUUCCCGCGUGUUGGGUGGAAACCUGUUCUCUCAGUCCGAGGAUCACUCUACGAGAAAACUGCCCAGCCCCAGCAGGAUACGCUGGAGAAAAGGUGGAAAGAAAUAGAAGAAGAUUUUAAAAGAAAGUUCUGCGUAAAGAGAAUACAGAACAAAGUUGAAUUUACUAAAAAAGAAAAAAUCCCCAAAAAGAGCAGACUCCUCAACGAAAGACAAGAGUUUCUUCUGUCCAUAGUCUUUGAGGCCAUAAAUAAGAAGAAAGUCUCACUGCCCGAAAUAUCCCAGGAGCUCACGAAAUGGAUUGAAACAGGCGAGUGCACACCGCACAUCGAAGACAUACUUAACUUGGCAGGAGUAUUUCCCUCGGAUAAAGACUGCGCCAAUGUUCUCUCCUCUGCGCUCUCUUUAACCGCCACUGAAGAGUCUCUUAAAGAACUCCUUCUCUCCAACUGCAGCAAAAACAAACUUCUUCUCAUUAAGUAUGCACACUGGGCUGACCCAUCACUAUCUAUGCUGAUCGGUACCCUACAAAAUACACAGAGCGCUCUUAGCGUGGUGGAACAAGAUGAGAACUUUCCCCAGUUUCUUACGCUUAUGCUGCGGAUGGGAAACUUAGUCAACUACAAAUACGCUGAAACAGCGAGCAAGACAGAGACGCAGGGCUUCCAUCUUUCAUCGGUCAGUGCGUUCUCUAAAUGCUUCUCCGAACUGGCUAACGGUGAGGGAUGCAAACUAUCUUUGAUGGAGCUGCUGAUUAUAUCCUCUCGAGAUAUAGUUGAUUUUGAUAAGAUCGUUAGUGUCUACAGUGUGUUCAGUACUUUUCAAAUGAAGACACUAAGAGACCACUACAACAUGAUCAGAGCUGGCUAUGAUGAAGUAGCUGCACUGGAUGACUUCAGCGGAAAAAAAGAAAGGCUGCACUCCAUACUUCUAUUGAUAAAAGAAAGCAAGUGUCUUAUCUCUGAGAUAGAUGCCAAAAUAGGCAAUUUGUCUAAGAUCUAUGCAGUGCCACCUGAGUCCAUCACUGAAAGCAUGGUUGAUGCCAUUUCCUCGAUAAAACAGUACUGCAACCUAUUUAGAUAA